UAAAUUAGCGUUACUCUUUUUAUAACAAUUUAGUUUCGCUUGAAUUAUGUCACAUUCUAUUUAGUCUAACAACAUACAUAUAUUGUUUAAAACAAUAUAUUUAUCAAACCUUACCGGAAACCGGAAUGGAAACUUUGAACUCUGAGCUUCGACCAAUGAAAGAGAUGCAGGUUACCGGUGGUCAGAACAACUUUUUCAGAUUGGUUGCUGCUAUGACAGGACACUAAUUGAAGAGAAAUGAAUGCAAGGAGAAGAGGUGGGAAGCCAAACAGAGGAGGGGGGAAGUUUAACAAGUCAAAAGGAGGUGGUGGUGGUGGUGGUGGUGGUGGUGGUGGUGGUGGUGGUGGAGGCGGAGGUGGAAGUAAGAAAGCCGGAGCUGGUUGCUGGGAUGACGGUGAUGAUUUCAGCCUUGAAUUUGGACCCUCUCGUCCCAGCAGACCUAGCAGAGGACGGGGUGCCGGCGGCCGUGGUGGUGGUGGCAGCCGUGGUGGCAGCAGCCGUGGUGGUGGCCGUGGUGGCGGCAGGGAUGCAGGCCGUGGUGGCGGCAGGGAUGUAGGUCGAGGAAGGGGAGGUAGAGAUCGAGACAGGGACGGCAGAAGCGAUGGGAAAGGCAGCAGUGGCAAGGCUCUCCCAAGGUCCCUGGCAAGGACACGAACAAGCCCAAUGUCGGGUGACAGCAUCAGGCCGGAGAUGAGCACCAUGCCCUUGCAGAGGAUCUUCAUGACUGAUGAGAACCAAGAACAACUCAAGGAGCUGCUGCGGAAUCUGCAGACCCAGGACUUUGACGAGCCAUAUGAUGAAUCUGGUUCUGAUUAUUCGGGAGGAGAAGAGGAUGAGGAGGAAUUUGAUGAGUUGGACCACCGUGAUGAAGGCCAGUUUUGGGCCACUAAUGAUGAGCCUGUGGAGAGGGCAGAGAGCCCAGCAUACGAGACAGAGUCUGAUGAUGAACGGCCCACCCCUGAACCUGUCAUAUCCUUAUUUGCUAUAGGAAAACUCUGCAGGUAUGGGUUUGACAGGGAGCGCAGCAAGCAGGCAUUGAAGUCUGGUGGAGGGGAAUUUGGGGCCACUUUGGAACAGCUCCUCCACCAGGUUUUCAGGGAGCGCUACGGCCAGAAAGCAAUUUCCCCUGAUGGCCUGGAAGGGGUGCCUAUGGAUGAGUGUUUGAGCCAGAGGCAGGAGGAAGCUCUGGCCCUAACUGCCAUUUAUGCUGAGCGCUUUGGUGAGCGCAUUGCUAAUACAGUCUGGACAGUAACCCUAGACCUCUCAUUCCUCUCAGACAUAGCUGCCAAGAAUGGUAGGCAAGUCGGGAGUCGAGGUGGCGGAGGAGCCGUUAACAUCCGAGAUGUCUGCCGAUUCUACUUGAAAGGACAGGGCUGCAGGUUUGGGGACAAAUGCAAGUUUAAGCACCAUCUCCCCACUAAAGGGAGAUCUGGGGCUGGUUCCCCAGACCUGGAGGGCCCUAGCCAGCCUGGCUUCAGCAGCUAUUCUCCUCCUGAGUAUGAACUCGAGAUCCGUUUCCCCAAAGGCAACCGUUACCCAUUUCAGGCACCAAUAGUCGCCUUCAGCACCACUGAUGAGUCAUUUGGGGCUGCAGGGAGGAUCAGCUUGACUGAAAGAUUGUUUGGAGAAGCGUUGGCCGCAGCAAAGAGCAGCGAGCCUGUUGUUUACACCCUGAUCACCUUAUGUGAGGAUGAAUCUACCGUGAAGGAACUGCUGGCCGUUAGUCAUCACAAAUACAGCACGCCACCGCCUGUUGUUGUGCCUCCUCCACCCUCUCUUGCCAUGGCUAAGAGUGUGAGGAGCAAUGCUUCUGAGGAAAGCAGGAGUAGUAGUACCAAUAGUAAUAAUCAUACCAACAGCAGAAGGACUGCUCCACCUACCAACCAGAGACCCGUAGAUCUGAAAGAGACAGAAGAGGCAGAGGAGCUGGAUGAGAGGGAGGACGACGAUGAGAAUGAGUCUGUUCCAGUCGAGACUGAAAGUUAUGUCAGUCUAAGGAAGAAAAUGGUCACUAAACACAACCUGAAGAUAGACAACCUACUGAAAGAAAAUGGCAAGCUGUGUCGAGAGUUUAAGAACAAACAGUCAUCCGGGCGUUUCAGGUCCAUGUUAGAGCAGAGGAGGAAACUGCCGGCUUGGCAAGAAAGAGAGAACAUCCUCGACCUGUUAGACCAGUGCCAGGUGCUGGUUGUCAGCGGGAUGACAGGGUGUGGUAAGACCACGCAGAUCCCUCAGUUCAUUCUGGACGCCUCGUUAAAUGGUCCAGCGGAGCAGGUGGUCAACAUCAUCUGUACUCAGCCACGCCGCAUCUCUGCCAUCUCUGUGGCCCAGAGAGUGGCACAGGAGCGGGCAGAGCGUCUGGGCAACUCAGUGGGCUACCAGAUCCGCCUGGAGAGUGUUAGGACGUCGGCCACCAGACUACUGUACUGCACCACAGGUGUGUUACUUAGGAGACUGGAGGGCGAGGCAGACCUCAAAGGCAUCACGCACGUCAUUGUGGAUGAGGUUCACGAGCGAACGGAGGAGAGUGACUUCCUGCUGUUAGUAUUAAAAGACCUGAUUAUGCAGAGGCCAGACCUGAAGAUCAUUCUAAUGAGUGCCACACUUAAUGCCAAACUCUUCUCUGAGUAUUUCUACGACUGUCCCACUGUCCACAUACCAGGUCGUACUUUUCCCGUUGACCAGUUUUUUCUUGAAGAUGCCAUUGACAAAACCCGGUAUGCCAUCGAGGAUGGCAGCCCUUACAUGCGCUCAGGCAAACAGAAUUCGUCAAGUGGACGAGGAAGAGAGCAAAGGGACAUGGUGGACGACUUGGGUGAUGACAUGUGGAACUUCAUGUCUCUCUGCAAGAAGGACUUUGUCAAAGACUCAAUUCCAGACCAGCAGCUCAGCCUGCAGGAUCUCACGGUCAGAUACAAAGAUACUAAGAAGUCUGUGCUGAAGACUGUUGCUGCAAUGGACCUGGACAAGAUCAACAUGGACCUGGUGGAGAGCCUGCUGGAAUGGAUUGUAGAUGGAAAACAUAACUACCCUCCAGGUGCAGUGCUUGUGUUUCUGCCAGGCCUGGCUGAGAUCAAGAUGCUGUACGAGCAGCUCAAGUCCAACAGAAUGUUCAACAACCGCGGCGCAAACAGAUGUGAGGUGUACCCACUCCACUCAUCCUUGUCCAAUGAGGAGCAGCAGGCAGUUUUCAGCCGGCCCCCAGAGGGGGUCACAAAGAUUAUCAUCUCAACCAACAUUGCCGAGACCUCUGUAACCAUUGACGACGUGGUAUAUGUCAUCGACUCCGGCAAGAUGAAGGAGAAAAGGUACGAUGCGACUAAAAGCAUGGAGAGCCUGGAGGACUCGUGGGUUUCUCGGGCCAACGCUCUGCAGAGGAAGGGUCGAGCAGGUCGCGUUGCCUCGGGGGUCUGCUUCCACCUCUUCACCAGCCACUGCUUCCAACACCAGCUGGCUGAGCAACAGCUGCCUGAGAUCCAGAGAGUGCCUCUCGAGCAGCUCUGCCUCCGAAUCAAGAUCCUGGACGUGUUUGCAGAUCGGACCCUGGAGUCUGUGUUCUCUCGGCUCAUCGAGCCCCCAGCUAUGGGAAGCUUGGAUGCAGCCAAGCAGCGCCUGCGGGACCUUGGAGCUCUAACCGCAGAUGAGAAAUUGACCCCGCUGGGCUACCACCUGGCCUGCCUGCCCGUCGACGUGCGCAUCGGGAAACUCAUGCUGUUCGGUGCUAUCUUUCGCUGCCUCGACCCAGCACUCACCAUCGCUGCCAGUCUGGCCUUCAAAUCACCAUUUGUGUCUCCAUGGGAUAAGCGGGAAGAAGCCAAUGAGAAGAAACUGGCCUUUGCCCUGGCCAGUAGUGACCAUCUAGCUUUGUUACAGGCAUACAAGGGAUGGUGCUGUGCUGCAAAGAAUGGCCACCAGGCCGGCUUCCGUUACUGCAGGGAGAACUUCCUGUCUUGGCGGGGCUUACAGGAGAUCGCCAGUCUGAAGAGGCAGUUUGCUGAGCUGCUGUCUGACAUUGGCUUCAUCAAGGAGGGACUGAGGGCCAGGGUUAUAGAGCGCAUGUGCUCUAAAGGCACUGAUGGUGUUGUGGAGGCCACCGGCCCCGAGGCUAACCUGAACUCCGAAAACAUCCGGCUGAUGUCCGCCAUGCUUUGUGCUGCCCUCUAUCCCAAUGUGGUGCAGGUACGAGCUCCUCAGGGGAAUUACAAGAUGACCAGCAAAGGAGCGAUGAAGAUGCAGCCCAAAGCCAACGAGCUCCGCUUCAUGACCAAGGAUGAUGGCUGCGUCCACGUGCACCCCUCCUCUGUCAACUACACAGUUCGACACUACACUAGCCCCUACCUGGUUUACCACGAGAAGGUGAAGACAAGCCGCAUCUUCAUCAGGGACUGCAGCAUGGUGUCCGUCUACCCGCUGGUGCUGUUUGGAGGCGGGCAGGUCAACAUGGAGCUGCACAAGGGAGAGUUUGUCAUCUCCCUCGACGAUGGAUGGAUCCGAUUUGCUGCCGCUUCUCAUCAGGUGGCGGAGCUGGUGAAAGAGCUGCGCUGGGAGCUGGACCAGCUGUUGGAGGACAAAAUCAAGAAUCCGAGCAUGGACCUGUGCAGCUGCCCCCGUGGCUCCCGCAUCAUCCACAUGAUAGUCCAACUCAUUUCUACACAGUAGCUCUUAACGUCCCCUUUUGAGCCUUUUUGUCACCCUCAAGGGCUUAAACACAUGGAGCUCUGCGCUGGGGCCAACAACCCUGAAACUGGUUACAUUUUGUGUUGUCUCUAUCAGACAGAGGAGCAGAAUAGAUCCUGUACUUGAAGUGAGGUCCUCUAGUUGAAGUACUGCUGCCACCUGACACUUUAUCAUAGGUAUCAGUUUACAUGAAAAACAGAGCUGUUGUGUUGCUGCACUGGAGGGUUUUUAAAGCAAUUUUUGCCUUCAAAGAAAAAAUUAUGGCUCUAUGCAGGUGAUCUACAAACCUCCAUAUUUUUUUUUUUUUGCUGGAAUAAAGCACUUCUUGCUAUUUUUAAGUUUUAUUUUGACACUUAAAAAUGCAACACUAGAAAAGCUCGUUUUUUGAUGCCAUACUACUACUGUAUGUGCAGUAAACUGGCACACAGUUGAUGAAUUGAAUUUGAUGUCAAUAUAAUUUGUACACAGUGCAUUUUUAUUUUGGGUUGUGUCUCACUCACAACUGAGAAGUUUCUUGGGUCCAUAUUGGAUUUCUUAUACUCAGUGACUGCAUACUUGUUAUGGUUUAUGAAUAUUUAUUUGUUUUUUCGCAUGAAUAAGAGAUCCAAGACCUUCUGCAUUGUAUUAGGCUGUUUUACAUUCAUUGAAUGUAUAUGUUAGUGAUGUCAAAACUACACUUUCACAAUGUAAAUGCAAGGGCUUUUUAAAUCGGGAGAAUUUGGUGAGAAUUGCCAAAGAAUUUGAAAGCUUAUUGUCUUAACAAGUGAUAAAUUCCACUGCACUAAAAAAAAAAAACAAUAAAAAAAACC